AUGUGCUCUAUAGGGGAUGCAGUCCCCCGGGGGGGCGAGCCCACCCCCCCGCCGCGGGACGGGGGGAUCCGCUACCGGGGCUUGACCCCCGAGGAGGUGCAGAGCGUCCGCUUCCUGCCCUUCGACUACGAGAUCGAGUACGUCUGCCGGCCCGACCGCGAGAUCGUGGGGCCCAAGGUGCGCAAGUGCCAGCGCGACGGCACCUGGACCGCCAUGGGCCACCCCAGCCGCUGCCUGAGGACCUGCCCCAAAAUGCACCUCAGCCUGGAGAACGGGCAGGCGGUGGCGCGGGCGAUGGAGCGGGUGCCGGUGGAGGGGACGUGGACCGAGUACAGCUGCAACCCCGGGUUCCGCCUGGUGGGCAGCGCCCGCAGUAACUGCACCAAGCUGGGGCGCUGGAGCACCCCCAAACCCAUCUGCGAGCGUGAGUGGGGUCCUCCAGGGACCCUCGAUGACCUGGACCAACGGGUGAAGGAAGCUGGUUUGGAGAUCACCUUCCGCCAGAGCUUCUUCUCCGACCCUGCCGCGCCCGUGCGCAACCUCAAGCGCCAGGACGCCCGUAUCAUUGUGGGGCUCUUCUACGAGACGGAGGCGCGUAAGGUCUUCUGCGAGGUCUACAAGGAGAAGCUGUACGGCAAGAAGUACGUCUGGUUCCUCAUCGGCUGGUACGCCGACAACUGGUUCCGUAUCAAGGAUCCGGCCAUCAACUGCACCGAGGCGGAGAUGGCCGAGGCCGUGGAAGGACACGUCACCACUGAGAUCGUCAUGCUCAACCCUGAGAACACCCGCAGCAUCUCCAACAUGACGUCCCAGGAGUUCAUCGAGAAGCUGCAGAAGCGGCUGGGCAAGAACCCUGAGGAGACAGGCGGCUUCCAGGAGGCUCCACUGGCCUACGAUGCCAUCUGGGCGCUGGCCCUGGCCCUCAACAAGACCUCGGCGGAGCUGGUCAAGAAGGGGUUGCGCCUGGAGGACUUCAACUACAACAACAAGAACAUCACCGAUGAGAUCUACCGGGCCCUCAACUCCUCCGCCUUUGAGGGCGUCUCGGGACACGUUGUCUUCGACGCCAGCGGCUCCCGCAUGGCCUGGACGCUCAUUGAGCAGCUUCAAGGAGGUGUCUACAAGAAGAUCGGCUACUACGACAGCACCAAGGACAACCUGUCCUGGUACAACAACGACAAGUGGAUUGGAGGUGCCCCACCAGCCGACUACACCAAGGUCAUCACCACCUUCCGAUUCCUGUCCCAGAAGCUCUUCAUCUCUGUCUCAGUGCUGGCCUCGUUGGGCAUCCUCCUGGCCAUCAUCUGCCUGGCCUUCAACAUCUACAACGGGCACGUCCGGUACAUCCAGAACUCGCAGCCGUACCUGAACGAGGAACCAUUGGAGAUACAACCAGGGGAUGGGGACAGCUGGAGGAGGAACCGUUGGAGAUACAGCCAGGGGAUGAGGGCCCGACUGUGGCUCCUCGGGUUGGGGUUCAGCCUGGCGUACGGCAGCAUGUUCACCAAGAUCUGGUGGGUCCACACCGUCUUCACCAAGAAGGAGGAGAAGAAGGAGAAGAGGAAGACCCUGGAGCCUUGGAAGCUGUAUGCCACCGUGGGGCUGCUUGUGGGCCUGGACGUGGUCACGCUGAUCAUCUGGCAGAUCGUGGACCCCCUGCACCGCACCAUCGAGCAGGAAACCCCCAGAUCGUCAUUUUGCGCCUCCUGCGUUACAUCAUCCGCCUCAUCUGGAGGAUGCAGUGAGCACUGGGCACAUCCCGACGUGCAAGGACUUGUUUACUCGUUGAGAAAACCUGGGGACCCUCCCCCCCCAGGGAUAUUUUACGGCUUCAAGGGGUUGUUGCUGCUGUUGGGCAUCUUCCUGGCGUACGAGACCAAGAGCGUGUCCACGGAGAAGAUCAACGACCACCGAGCAGUGGGCAUGGCCAUCUACAAUGUGGCAGUCCUCUGCCUCAUCACGGCGCCCGUCACCAUGAUCCUCAGCAGCCAACAGGACGCGGCCUUCGCCUUCGCCUCGUUGGCCGUCGUCUUCUCCUCCUACAUCACCUUGGUCGUCCUCUUUGUCCCCAAGAUGCGACGCCUCAUCACCCCCG